AUGACGGCCAAGGAGAAUGCUGUUACCAAGCCUGAAGGAACAGGAGCCUUUCAUCGGACAGGUUCCUUGGAUGAAAACGUGGUCCGACAGCACCAACGCCAACGAAGCCAACCCACGAACACCAUGGACAACUCGAAUAACUCCGCCUCGGCUGGAUUGGAUCGCAGCAACACGAUCGCACACAGUCCUCGCGGCAGUCCUCGCCGUGAUGCCCGACGACGAAUGGAUGAUGAUAGUGAAAUGUCGCAAUCCAUGGUGGCCAGGUCGCUCACGGGAGAUUUGGACGAUAUCGUCAAUAGUGUGGCGCGACGUGCGGGACGUCGAAAACCUCGCAAGGAAAAGGUUCCGUCGCCCACUCGAAAUCGUCCCUAUUCACCCGCCAAUGGAUCCAGCCAGUUACGUGUCCCUAGGGGCAUGCGAGUCCGAAGCGGUAGUCCCAGGAAUAGUCCGGUCCGCAUCGGUCGGUCCAAAACCCUGGACAGUGCCACCAGUGCGGGGAGCAACAGCAACGCCAGCGAUAUCGGCUCCAGUAAUAUUAGUCGAGCUGCCAGUAGCAACAACGGCUUUUCGAGAACAAACACAUCGGAAGUGGAAGUUCCUCUACUACCAGCAGCGCCACGACCUCCCGGCUUUCGUCGCAUGUCGACCGUAGACAGUCGCAAUCGGUUCAUCAAAAUGUUGGAAUCCAAAACCCUCACCAGUUUCCGUCAUCUCAACCAACGUGUGGUAGAGAACAACAAACCCCGAACCUACAUGAGUCGUCUAUUUGUGACCUUUGAAGAUUGUCUCGACAAAUUGGAUGCUCAAAACAUUAAUGCUCCCAAAUUGGAGUCCAUGGCCAUUCUCAUCCACGAAUGCAUGUCGGGGGACAGUCGCAAUUAUCAUUCCGUGCAGCAUGUCUUUGAAAUUAGCAAGGACUUUCACGACAAUGAUCCUAUUGCUGUGUUGGCGGCCAUGUUUCAUGACUGUAUCUAUUACAAUGUUGAUGGAGGUCUGAGCAUAGAUCAAAAGAAUAUUCUACAUGGAUGCUUCCAACCCGACGGUUACACCUGUCGAGCCCAUGGGGCUGACCAUCAUGAUGCCCCCCUCGCCAUGGUGGAAAACAUUUUUGGAUACCAUCUGGGGGAGGAAAUCACUGGGCAAAAGGGACUCAAUGAAUUCUUGAGUGCUGUGGUGGCGGUACGUCAAUUGGAGGACCAUCUCACCAAAGCACAGUGUGCCAAAAUCGCCUGCUGCAUUGCAGCCACUAUCCCGUUCAAAAACAAACCAACGGAAGGAAAGAAAACUCACAUGGAAGAAUUGUACGAUCACAUGGUGGAGACCAAUGACAACUUCAGUCUUGGAAUGGCCACAGAAGAACUAGUCAGAGCUGUCCAACGGGCUGCCAAGGUUGCCAAUGCAGAUAUUGGAAAUUUUGGAUCAGACGACAUCUACUACUUUUUGGACAACACAUGGAGCUUGCUGACUGAAACCAACACCACCCUGCGACGGAGCUUUUUGUUCACCGUCAUGGAAUUCCAACAUUCUCUCUUCAAAAUGAACGGGUUCUUUCAUUUCCUGGAUCCGGCAGCGAUUUUUGCCACCUUUCAAAAUGACCCACCAUCUGAGGAAAUCACAAAGCUCACAGAACAAGCCAGGAAGAAUUUGGAAUUGGGACAAAAAUAUGUGGGGGCCAAAUUGCUCUCUGCUAGCGUUUUGGCUGCCUUUGCAGCCCUAACUGGAGGGGAUGCUCCUCUCAGUUUGUUUGUGGGAGAUCUGCCCUCACGUCACCAUAAUUCACAAUCCAUCAAUGACGCGCUUCCUGGUGCCAAGGACAAUCCUUUCUUCAAUGGCGUUGGCGCCGACGAAGAUGACGUGGAUGAUCAUUUGGACAUGCUGGUCUACCAAAUCCUGUCAGGUGGACGUCGGUCAGAAUCCAGCUUUGACGUGAAGCAAUCUCCUCUUGGAGCUUUCCUUUAUGCUGUGGUGGGUGACCGGGGCUUGAGAAUGAUCCUCGACAACAAAGACCUCCACCCAAUGACCAGAGAAAACGCCAUUGCGUUGCUGGCCUGUAUCCCACGUGAAGUGACUCUGUAUCUAGCCAAAACCAUUGCCUGUGUGGCUGUCAGUCGAACAGAAGCCAUUAUGGAAGUUGUGGAUAGUUUGCCCACAAAGACGUUUGGAAGGGCGAGUAUGGUGCCGCAGGCAGUCACCAUUGAAGAACACGAGGAACUGAAAAUCGUGGAUUCUGAUUAG